AUGAACGCCGUCAUCUUACAGUCAGUUGGCGACAGAAAUAAACUGGAGUUUUCUGAAUCCCAUCGCCUUCCUAUACUUGAAGAUGGCCAGAUUUUGGUUAAAAACAAUUUCGCUGGCAUUAACUUUGUCGACAUUUACCUUCGCACCGGCCAUUAUCCGUCCGCAUCCGGAUACCCUCUCAUUCUCGGGCAGGAGGGAGCUGGCACUGUUGUAUCUGUGGCGGGAUUCAAUCCUCUCGAGCUCAAGCCAGGAGAUCGUGUGGUAUGGAUCGGUAACAGUGGGUAUGCCGAGUACACCGCGGUAAAUGCCGGGCAGAUAUCCAGCAUUCCGGAUGGAAUAUCGGACCAGGACGCAGUAGCAGGCCAUCUGGCCGGCAUGACUGCACUUAGCUUGAUGCAGGAAGCCUAUCCUGCAAAGAAAGGUGAUACCGUUCUGGUGCAUGCAGCGGCUGGUGGUGUUGGGUCCAUCUUAUGUCAGCUGCUGAAAGAUGAGGGGGUCACCGUCAUCGCCACGGCAGGAGGAUCAGAAAAGUGCACGUUGGUCAAGGGUCAUGGCGCAACUCACGUCAUCGACUACAAAGAUGCGUCAAAACCGACUUGGGUUGAGCAAGUAUUGGAGCUGACUGGCGGCAAUGGCGUCAACGCGGUUUACGACGGCAUUGGAAAGGAUACUUGGCAAGGAAGUAUUCAGGUGACUCGAAGAAAGGGCAAGGUUGUUUUUUAUGGAAGUUCAAGCGGACCUGUUCCACCGCUCGAUCUGAGCAAGAUCAGGAGAGGCAACGUUUCUGUAAUUCAACCAACCUUGUCAAAUUACAUCACGACUCGAGAAGAGCUGGAUCAGUACGCGCAGGGAAUCUUGAUGCGACAGCUACGUGGCCAACUCAAGGUGAACGUCUCUCAGGUGUACGGUCUUGAAGAAAUCGCUCAAGCUCACAAGGAUAUGGAAGAACGGCGGUCAACCGGAAAACUUCUAAUGAAGCUUUGA